GUUUUUCAUUCAAUAGUUUGGUAAAUUAAACACAAUAAUUAACUUAAGGAUUGCACUUGCGAAGAGAUAAACAUACAAUUGAAAUGCCUCGAUCUUCAUCUUAUAAUAGACAUAAGAGCUCACGUUCAUAUUCUCGGGACAGGGACUACAAAAGGCGAACAUCUUCAGACGAAGAUUAUUAUGAAAAGAAAAAGUCACAUCGAAGUCGGUCCCCUUCUUCGUCAUCUCGGAGCAAAGUAAACUAUAAAUCUUCCAGAAGACGAUCAAAUUCAUUUUCAGAAGACGAUUAUCGAAAGAAAAAAUCAUUAAAGGCGCAGAGGGAUAAAAAAUCGAAAAAAUCUAAGCGUUUACAUAGGAGUCCAAGCUCCACAAGUGCUACUAGUGAGGAAAGCUACAAGAGUACCAAAUCAAAGCAAAAAAAAACUGCUUGUGCCUCUACAGCUAUUUCAGAAGUGGAAAAUGAAGUAAAGCAGACAUUUGACUUGAACCUUUUGGAAGGAAAAGUAACUUUGGAGACAUUAGAUGAUAUUGAAUGUGAUAAAUUUGAGUCAAAAGUAUUUACAUCUAGCAACAGUAAUAAAAAAACAUCACAAAAAGUUUAUAUAGACUUAAAAAAGGAAACAAUUUUGGUGCCAACAGUGACAACUAACUUGGAACCAAUAAAUGAUUCUUUAUUUCACCCUAAUUUCCUUGGUGAUGAAAUGGAGAAAUCUGAAAAAUGGGUGAAAAAGCUUUUCAAUUUUAGGCAAAGACUGCUACAAAGUACUUAAGAUUUUUAUUUAUAUUUGCUGAAUAAAUUGUAAACAAAAUAUUUCAAAAUAAGUCA